AUGAGUAAAUUUAAGAAUGGGUGGACUGUAAACCGUAACGUUGAAGACCCGAUCCUUCGUCCUCGUCCUAUCUCACAAGAAGGUUAUAAUUAUCCAGCGGAACAUGCAAAUGAUAAAAAUUAUCUAAACCCAAACUCUAGACGUCAACCAAUACGUCAAUAUAGUUCUUCGGCUUCUUUAGAAGUGCGUCAUGAGCAUAAUCGUCAGCAGAGAGAACAAGAAUUUUUUGCAAAUUCGCCAUCUGCUACACAAGGUUCUACUGAAAAUUUACGAAAUGCGCCAGUUAUGCAAUCAAAUGUCAGUGACUCUGGUUCAUCAGAUUAUUAUCAACGAUCCGUUAGACAGGCAAAUAACUACCAUAAUUCCUCAUCACCUUCAAAUACUCAUUUACCUCCACAAAAUAACAGAGAUUUUAAGGGAACCGAACCAAAUUUAAAUCUUCCUUCUAAUUCGCAUGGCAUCGUCCCUUAUUCAAACCUUCCUUCUAAUUCACGUGGUAUUGUCCCUCAUUUCCCCAAUCAAACCAUCAAACAAAAUUAUAAUUCAACACAACCUAAAUUAUUAAAUAAUUCACGGUCCAUUCCAUCACAACACAUAGUGGUUGAUCGACCAAUUCGAAAAGAUUCAUACGGGUCUUCUUCACAACAUUCUAUGGAUUCACAAAGAUCUACUUCACAAGAGUCAUUUUUAAGCGCGUCUCCUUCUCAAUUACCAUCAGGUUCUCAUGGCAUCGUACAACGUAGUAUACAUCCAGGAGGACAUAUGAAUCAAUCACAAUCCAAAGAUAAUAAUAAAUCUCAGCGUUUAAAUUUGCCCAAUCCUGUUUCGAUAGAAGAUUACAUUUCACAAGCAAUUAAAUAUCAUGAAGAUAAUCAGCUUGAGAAGUCCACAGAGUAUUUAAGGAUAGCAGCAGAACGGAAUUCUGCUGUUGGAAUGGUCCUUUACGGAAUAGCUUUAAGACAUGGAUGGGGAUGUAAAGUAGAUACUGCAUUAGCAUUCGGAUAUCUUGAAAAAGCUGCAGGGUCCAUGAUUAAUAUUAAAAAUGGUAUUAAUGAAUCGGUUAGCAUGUCAUCAUUUAGAGGAGAAUUAAUUUUGGCAAUUUAUGAGUUAGGGGUAUGCUUUCGACAUGGUUGGGGUAUUCCGAAAAACAAGGCAACAGCCGCAUCCUAUUUUGAAAUUGCCGCUAACAUGGGUGAUCCUGAUGCACAAAAUGACGUGGCACUUUGUUAUUAUAAAGGUGAAGGGGUGAAAAAAGAUAUGAAAAUGGCCGCCAAAUUUUAUAGGAUGGCAGAUGCACAAGGUCAUGGUACAUUGGGUAAUUCUUGGAUUUUCAAAGCUAAAUAUAAUGAUGAUAAGAAAUGA